AUUAAGUCGUCUGAAUUUCGUUAGCAACAACACUGAUGUAAACAACAAUGGCGAACGAAAGCGGGACAGAAGAUACCAACAAUAACAAAGACAAUGCAGAUUCACUGCUUGCUGAUAUCCAAAAGAAAAUCACGGAUGCCUUUGAUAUCUUUGACCAUGAGUCUAACAAAACAGUGGAUGUCAGGGAAGUGGGAACUAUUAUCCGAUCCCUGAAUUGCUGUCCCAGUGAGGCAGAGCUUCAUGACAUGCUUGCGGAGAUUGAAGAGGAGGAACCAACAGGGUAUAUACGAUUUGAAAAGUUUCUUCCUAUGAUGACCAAAGUGUUAAUGGAACGAAGGUAUAAACCUUCACCUGAGGAUCAGAUUCUAAAAGCCUUUCAAGUCUUGGAUACGGAUAUGAAAGGCUAUCUCACAGUGGAGGAGCUUACAAAGUACAUGACUGAAGAAGGAGAACCGUUCGCACAAGAUGAAAUGGAAGAAAUGAUUUCAGCAGCUGUGGAUCCAGAGAAGAAAACAGUUUUAUAUAAAGAUUAUGCAUCUGUUAUGGCAGUGGAGGAGACGUGAGACAAGUGUGACAAUUUUAUGGUGAAAAGUUUUCCAAAGAUGAGAUGGAAGAAAUGUUGGGUCUUGCAGUUGAUCGUAUCAAAGGAACUAUACUCUACAAAGAGUACACACGAGUUAUGGCUGUAGAUGAAUACGCACUUUAGGCAUUAAGCAUCAAAAACCCUUUUUUAGCAGCAAUUACUAAAGGCUACAGUUUUCAGUAAGUAAUAUAUAAUAAGGAAUGAGAGCACCAUUUUUCAAAGUUAAUGGUAAUGUUUCUUAAAGUUAUAGACAAAAAGAUGAGCAUCAGACAACACCCCACCCCUCUUUUUCCCAUUCUCUCUGUGCACUGGUAUGAAUGGCUGUAUGGUGUUGCAAUUGAUUCUGUAACACAAAGUAGGUCACAGAAAGAAAUUAAAAUUGAUAGAGGGAAAAAAGCUGAAUUUAAUUCUUUACCUAACCUGGAUAUCAUUCGAUUGUUCAGAUUAAUAUACAUGUCAACACUUAACCAUUCCAAUUGCUUGUACAGGUAUGAAUGUAUAGUAUAGUGUGUUCUGAAAUAAAUGAUGUGAUUAUCCAUGCUGAUAA